AUGCUCCCUCACCUGUUGGACCCCCCCACCGUGGAAAACCGGCUCUGGUAUGACAACCUGAGGUGCUGCCAUCAAUACCAAGAAAGUACCCAGAAUGCGGAGGACUUCCUACUCCUGCUGCCGGGCCUUGUCAGCACUGGGAUCAGCAUGGCAACUAUGGUAUGGCAUGGGCUCCAGAAUGCCUUAGACAAGACCAUCUAUUGGAUUAAUCAGAAAAGUAAGUACGGAAGACAGGUCCCCAACCAUCCUCCAGCCAAGGCCCAAGAUGUCCACAUCCACUGCAUCCUGGACCCUGUGGAAGUGAAGAUGGCCCGGCCCACUCGCUACUCCCUGUCCUCCUACCAUCAUCUCCACAACCAUAGCCGCAGCUGCAGCCGCCGCCCCUGCAGCCACCAGCGGAGGCCGAAGAACCGCAGACAAUUCCCCUACAGCCGCUCAGGCUUCCGUAGGCCGCAUCGCAGCCACGGGAUGUCACAGCUGCGGCCGAUGCCCUCCUUUGAUCGGGAGGACCCGGACUCCUACCUGGAGGAGGAAGAUGACCUUUCCUUCCCACAACCCAAGUACCCGUGGGGGUGCUGGGGAGGGCUCUAUCAGCAGAUGGGCCUGCCUUCCAACGUGGGCCUCUGGGGCCGUCAGGGUGGGAUCCUGGCCAGCCUGCCACCACCCUGUCUCUACCUGCCGCCCGAGCUGCGCCGCAUGGCCAAGCGUGUGGAGGCCAAGUCCGAGCUAAGGCUGCAGUCCUUCGGGGCCCCCUGCUCACCAACCCGCAUCUGGGGCAACGUGGAGGCUGACCAGUGGACCUCGUCUCCACCACCUCUCCGACGGCUGCCCCCUAACCCCCCGUGGGUCCCUGGGGGGCACAGCACUUACCCCUCAAGGGGCCAGCUGCCGUAUGACUCCUGGGAUCAACGGCGGCGUGGUCUGGAGAGCUCUGAGCCUCCAUCCGCUCUGGUGCCUCGGGGCUGCCGGCCCGAAGCCUGGCAGCGCAACUCCCCCCCGGCCCACGGACGGAGCCUCCUCAGCUGUGCUCACAGCCAGCCCAACCGCAGCCCACACCCCUUCACGGGACACUUGAAUUACUCCCAGGAUCCCCACGAGGCGCGGCGCCGGGCGGCCGAAUGGGCUGAGACGCUGCCCGUGCGGCGCCCUCUGGCCACGUCCGCCUCCCUCAGGGUGCUGGCCGAGGCCUCGGACCAGCGGGCCCCGGCUCCCAGCUCAGCGCUGCUCCUCCGCCCCUCCCAGCCCCUGCCCGACGUCCAGGCUACCGAGCACCCUCCACCCCCACCCACCUUCAUGCCACUCAGGCGGAACCCGGGGGGCAAUGCCAACUACCAGGUGUAUGACAGCCUGGAGCUGAAGCGGCAAGUGCAGGAGGGCCAAGCACGGGCCAACUCGCUGCUACCUUCCACCUCGGCCUCGAGGCCCUCUCUGCAGGCGAGCCAGACUGGGAAAACGAACUGACCAGUAGCAAAUGGGGCCGGGGGCGGGGGGCGGCAGGGCAUGGAGAGAGGAAUAAAGAGCGCCAGAGUCCAGGAAACAUUGGUGGUCUGUGGCUUGGAAGCACCACUCCUUCUGCCAGCCUGGGUCCCUGCGCUUGGCUUCCUGCAAUAAGAAGCCAGUGUCCCCUUCUUGGCCUGAGAGUCCCCUUGGUUUAGUGGCCACAGUUCUGCCAGCAGGCCCCUCCUGGUCCUAUACCAUGCACUAAAUACAUCUGCAGCUGCAGACUCCAAACCACUGGUCUCUGGGCACCUCCUCUGUGUCUCAGCUCUCCCUGUCCCCAAAGAGCCUCAUACAAGAAGCUGCUUCCAAACUGGGAGGUUCCACAUCUGGGCAGGUCCAGCUCCAGGCCCAGUGAAGGGCAUGAAGAAGGCUGAGGCUCUGGACUCCAGCCAGGCCUUCCG